ACCUGUUACAAUUUUCUUAACCAAAUCGAUAAAUAAAUCGAGAAGAUCCUAAUUAGUUCAGAUCUCUUUUUCAAAUAGAAUAAAGAGGGUGAUAGAAAAUGAGGACCAUAUUUGCGCUUUUCCUUUUAGCCUGUGCAGUGUUUGUGGCUGUCACUGGUGAGUACUGCGGUUCUAUUCCAUCUUGUGGAGAAGGACAGUGUUGCUCAGGAGGAUUCUAUCACCGAUAUUGCAGGUCCUACUCUGAUGAAGGUUUACCUUGUGAACCCCCAAAUGAGUAUGACAGUUACAAAGUAGCAUGUCCUUGCAAACCAGGCAUGUUUUGCAACGCUAUUUACAGAUGCCAGAAAGAAGAGUAAUUUUAAUUUGGCCUUUAUAACAUGAAUAGCUUCUGGCAAAUAUUUUGAAGAUCUCAAAUGUAAAAUUUUCCAAUAAAGAAAUUUCACAUUUUA